UUGCAACCUUCAAACGAAAGGUAACACAUUUGACAUCUCAACGCAGCUCGGUGAUUACUCAGAAUGGAUGGAAAACCCGUUUAAAAGUCCGAUUAUUGCCAUAAUUAUAACCCUCAAGGUUGAACCAAUAAGGUUCAUAUCAUGAAACUGAUGCUUAUGAUUAUCAUGAUGUGUUUGAUAUAUGACAUUUCACCAUUUCAUUUCGACCUUCCAACAAUACACACCCGAAUCCCUAUUAGUUCAAUGCUUAAACCGAACCAUUUAUACCCUAUUGGAUUUGAAAAUAACCAUCUCAUACACAAAAAACAAUUUUUUUGGGCACACGGAGUUUCGACGGAAUUUACCAUUUUUGUACUUUUUGUUUUGAUUUAAUUGCAAAUCGACAAUUUCAAACUAUUUGAUAAGGUGUAAGAUGAGGAAUGUAUAAAUAUACCUUAAUGUCCUAAUAGUUUUGAGUU